AUGGUUUCCACAUUAAGUAAGAAAUAUUUAAUCUUGUUCAUGUUCUUCAAAUUAACCUUCUCAAGUACGAAACAUUCACAUGAAUACACCACGGAAUUGACUGCCAUUAGUUUUGCUGAAUUGGGUAAUCCUAUUCUAACUGCCAUUGAGGUUAUGAAGGGAGGUGCUGAUGGCAAGAAGGAAGAGAACUUUGGAGGCGGGAAUCUAGGAGCUUAUUACAAUUUUAUGUACCCUGAUAACACAGAUUAUCCUUGGGCAUGUAUUUGUAACGCAGACGACUACAAACUUUGGGAGAAGAAGGAACAACCUUACGUCAGAUGUCGUAAUCAGGAGGAUCUUUCUUUGCAAGACAUUCAGGCCAACUGUGACCCAUCAAACGUUGCAGCAAAACAAGAUUUAUGGAAAGGGUUUUAUUUUCUUUAA